AUGGCCAAGCACAAAAUCAACGUGAAUGCCUAUGCACCGGGUAUUGUGGGUACGGCAAUGUGGGAUCUCAUCGACGAAAAACUGGGCGCCAUCGAGGGCCGCGAGAAGGGUGAAUCGGUGAAGAAGUACAGCUCAGAUUUGACGGCGCUGGGAAGAGUCAGUGUACCUGAAGAUGUUGGCAAUCCUGUGGGUGGGUUCUUAUGUUCCAAGGAUGCUGAGUUCAUUACGGGACAAACAAUAGUGAUUGAUGGUGGUAUCGUCUUUACUUGA